AGCGCGCGGCGUGGGUUCCCUCCGCUCAGUGUGUGGUGCGCUCAGGCUUCGCUCCGCACGUCCUCUGAGGCCCUUGGGCGUGAUGUGGCGGAGCUGCCUUCAGCUGUGGGACUGGGGGCCCCGCCUCCUGAAAUGGCCCCUGGGUGGCCCCAUCUGCUCCGUGGUGCCGGGGCCAAUCCCCCAGCUCCGAGCCCGGGCCUACGCCCCCCCAAAAGAAAGGAAGCGGUUUUAUCAGAAUGUCAGCAUCACCCAGGGUGAAGGUGGCUUUGAGAUAAACCUGGACCACAGAAAGCUGAAAACACCCCAAGCCAAGCUCUUUACCGUCCCUAGUGAGGCUCUGGCCACCGCAGUAGCCAUGGAAUGGGACUCCCAGCAGGAUACCAUCAAGUUCUACACCAUGCACCUGACCACCUUGUGCAACACAUCUUUGGACAACCCAACCCAGCGAAACAAGGACCAGCUGAUCCAGGCGGCUAUGAAGUUUCUGGACACUGACACCAUCUGCUACAGGGUGGAGGAGCCAGAGACACUAGUGGAACUUCAGAAGAACGAGUGGGACCCCAUUAUCGAGUGGGCCGAGAAGAGAUAUGGCAUGGAGAUUGGCGCCUCCACCAGCAUCAUGGGGCCCAGCAUCCCAGCCAAGACUUAUGAGACGCUUGCCAGCCAUCUGGCAUCUUACAACAUGUGGGCCCUCCAAGGGAUUGAGUUUGUGGUGGCCCAGCUCAAGUCCUUGGUGCUGACCUUGGGCCUGAUGGACCUGCGCCUGACGGUGGAACAGGCUGUGCUGCUGUCCCGCCUGGAGGAGGAGUACCAGGUCCAGAAGUGGGGCAACAUCGAGUGGGCCCACGACUAUGAGCUGCAGGAGCUGCAGGCCCGUGCAGCCGCUGGCACCCUCUUCGUGCACCUCUGCUCCGAGAGCACCACUGUCAAGCACAAGCUCCUUCGGGAGUGAGACCUGCAGCUGGGCCGUGGGCAGUGGAGCCCUGAGGGUCUCCAGCCAGCAUGGCACCCGGCCAGCCGCCAGUGACGGACAGCAGGUUGUAGAUGACUUCCUCUUAUUUUAUUAAAUAUGUCUCCACUCUGGAAAUAUGCCCUAUUUUAAUUUGUGCCUCCACUUUCUGCACUCCUGUGAUGUCUGCAUUUCACCAGGGUUAAGCUGACCUUCCAUGGACCCGU